AAUAUGCAAAGCGGACCUUAGGGUCUAUGCUAAUUUCAGCCAAAUUGUGAUCCUGUGAUACUACUGCACUGUAGACGCAACUGUCGGCGAAACAUCCAUAAUGCCUGUGAUAAUCGAUGGACAGCCCCAAGGGCAUCCGGAGCAGGGCCCCGAUCGAGCACAAGAUCCACCUCCACCUCCGCCACCCCAGACAGAGCAACCCUCCAACAAUCAAGGUCAACAACAAGCCAGGCCACAACCCAUGCCUCAAGUCCAGAACCCUUUGCUAAAUGUGCGGGACAGAUUGUUCGAGGCUUUGUUUUACCGGAUAGCUUUGACGUACGCUCGCGCAUUCCCUCAUCCGAUUAGGAAAGCAUUGGAGUAUAUUGUCCUUGCGAAGGCCAUUGUUGUGUUUCUCGUUCUGGCGUACAUCCACAUGGUAUUUGCGAGGUCACCUAUGAACUGCCUCGACAACAUUGAACACGAAUGGCCAAGAGAUGGCAUCCUGAGAGUUGAAAUCAUCAAGAACGCAUCAGAGGACUACACGAUACAUCAGUCAUAUGAGAAAGAGUACCGUGGGUUUGAACAUGAGUCAACGUGGAAUUCAACCGAUGACAUCGUGUCUGCAGCGUCAGGCGACGACAUCGAUGAAAAAUUUGAGUCAGAUGUGAAAGACAAUCUAACGAAUGUCGCAGGAGAGGAAGACGGGUCGGAACAUGGGUUUAUAAAAAAUGAGUCGAUCCCAGAUGUUAGCGAGGACACAAAGGACACGUUGUUUAGCCAUGGUGAUGAUGGUGGCGAUGAGGUCAAGGGGGAGAGUCAGGAAACAGGUCUGAACGGGACGCUUUAUUACACUCUUGAAGAGAAGCCAGAGAAAAACAUGCAGCCAUUUAGGGAGACGCUGUCCGAGUUUGAAAUGUUGGCAAAGGCUGUGUGGCCCGAGGAGAAAUACAUCGUUGAAUACUCCCUCGAGUAUGGUUUCCUGCGCCUGUCACCAAAGACCAGGCAGAGGUUGAAUAUCACCGUUAUGUUAGUGACAUUAGAUCCUCUCAAAGACCAGUGUUUUGGCGAUGCAUUCAGCCAAUUCCUGCUCGACGAAUUCCUUGGCUAUGAUGACAUCUUGAUGGCGAGCAUCAAGAAACUAGCAGAGAAAGAGGACAACAAAGGAUUUCUCCGCAAUGUUGUGACUGGUGAACACUACAGAUUUGUCAGCAUGUGGAUGGCAAGAAGUUCGUACCUACCAGCUGCCUUCAUCAUGGUUAUAUUUACUCUCUCGGUUUCCAUGUUGCUGAGGUAUUCUCAUCACCAAAUCUUCAUGUUCAUUGUUGACCUGCUGCAGAUGCUGGAGAUGAAUGUGACUGUGACGUUCCCGGCUGCACCUCUACUGACCGUCAUCCUGGCCCUGGUAGGAAUGGAGGCCAUCAUGUCCGAGUUCUUCAACGACACGACCACAGCGUUCUACAUCAUUCUAAUCGUCUGGGUUGGUGACCAGUACGAUGCAAUUUGCUGCCAUACUGUUACUAGUAAACGUCAUUGGCUGAGGUUCUUCUACCUUUACCACUAUGGUUUCUAUGCCUACCACUACCGUUUCAAUGGACAGUAUAGCGGCCUCGCGCUCCUGACAUCAUGGCUCUUCAUCCAACACUCGAUGAUCUAUUUCUUCCACAACUACGAACUGCCGGCGAUCCUCCGCCAGAUGCAAGUCAAUCAAAUCUUAGUGAAUACAGCAGACGGUGGAAACAACAACAACAAUCCUAACGCCGAUGAUGAAAACGUGCAGACGGACGGAACAGACGUACAGAAUGCGCAAGAAGAGGAGAACGCAACAAAUAAUGCCGAUAAUGUCGACAAUGAAAAUCGGGAAAAUGUGCAAACACAAACGAUUGUUGUUGGAGGAAAUGGUGCAGCGAAUCCCAAUCGACCAAUAUUACGUGCCGUACGCAUUCAUACAAACCUGACAGACGCAGUGAAUCGUAUUGGCGUGCACCGCUUAAUCAAUUUUCAGUCCUUGAUAUCCGGAACUGGAAAUUCUCAAAAUACCAAUAGUGAUAAUACAAACCAAAAUACUGGUGAUAAUGCUAGUACCGAUGCUAAUGCUAGUACCGGUGCUAGUGAUGCUAGUACUGGAGAUCGUGGACCUAGUAUGACCAAUACUACAGCAAAUAGUGAUAAUAAUACUGUAAAUAGUGGCAUUGCGGAUGGUGGAAAUAGUCCGGAUGUGGGCCCACAAGGAUUACUAGCAAAUGCUAGAGUAUUUGUGGUGCAUGCCAAUAAUGCGACGCCAACUGUUUCAGUGGAAAGCGGUGCUGGUGAUAACAUAUCUACUAAUACAAGUCAGGUUGUACCUGAAACGGGGACAAUAAAUGUACCAGACACUUCGUUACGUUGCAGAAAAGCGGCAAAAUCCGGCAGCGAAAGUGAUAAUUUAUGUUCGGAGGGUUUUGACAGCCCUGUGCCUCAUCCGAAAGCUAGUGGUGACACGAAGGAAGUGGCAGAUACGGGUUUAGGUGGGGCAUCAAAUGUUGAACAUCAGAGUUAGUAUAGUAUUUUAAUCGUUGAUAGCUUUAAAUGUUUUUGUAACUGCUGCCAAAUAUUUGAAUUGCUGUUUACCGAGUACUCUCUCCAUCUUUGAAAAUGGUGAUCGGGAGAGCACAGACUCUUGGACGUCUGCUCCUGUCUAGGCAUGACCUUGAACUGACGUUGUUGUCGAAGCAGUUUCUGUUCACUGCAUUGGUUUGUUGCAGAGUUGGCAUCAGUCUGUUAAAAACAUGAUGCCUGGACAUGUUGUGACAAGGUUGUGACGUCACUGGGGCAUGAUGUGUCUUUCCGCAAUGUGUGGUUGUAUGGAGGUGCUUCACGUGGUUGCUGGUUGCCAAUCUGCAUGCCUGAUGGAUAACGCACAGUUUUAGCAUCUCAUUGAGCCGUAUCAAAUAAGAUAGUGGGAAGGCAUGAUGAAUGAUCAGUAGGUCCUUCAACUUUAUCCUACUCCCCAUUUGUUUUUUCAAAUACAAAGAACAGCUGGUCAGCCCUAGUGUGUAGUAAGUUUCAAGCAGUUGCAUAUAUUCUCUGUUAUGACCAUCGUAGGAUCUACAUGUAUCAGAAAAGUGCUAGUGUCAGUUUUUCUGAAUUAUUUGUGAAAUAUGUGGUUUUAUUGAAAUUCAAGCCUCUUUUGUCACUUUAGUUUGCCCAUGUGCAUGUUGUGCGACAUUUUCUCUCCACCUGUGAUGAAUGCCUAAACCAAUAUUGCAACUUUGACAAGUCCUGAGGCGAUAUUCUUCUUCUCUGGAAAUCUGAAAUGAUGUGGCUAUCCUAUAACACCCAGCCAAUUUUUAGCUCAGCAGGUUUUUCCAAUCACGUGUUGUCCAUCUGUUAGCAGGGAUUUUGUAACUGCUGGGGCUCUCGACCUGAAGCUUAGUGCAAGCAUGUAUGAACGGCUGGGUCAGAUGACCUCAAAGACCAAAUUUGUGUUGACUUGGCCACCAGGAGGCCAAAACUGAAAACAUGAAAGGUGCAAUAUCCCCCUCAUUAAUAUCCGUUCUGAUAAAAAUAUUCCUGAACUAUAUAGUGACUAUUAUCUUCAAAUUUUUAUCACACACUGAUGAGAUACAUUUAAUUAGGGCACAUAAUGCAUUAUCGAGGUUUUAGUUUUCACCUACUUUUCAAGGUCAAACCAAAAUUUCAAUGAAGGUGGCACGCUUUGCCAAUAUUAAAACGUGAUCGCCAUAUAAGCAUGUCAACAGCCUACUAGAAACAAAAUGACCUUGACCUAUUUUAUGAGGCCGCUGAAACUGCAAACAGCUUAUUUAUAUCAUCACUAUCAUACAUAUUAUGUAGCAUCAGCCUUCUUUGUCAAUAAGACGAGUUGAGCACAUGGGCCAUUUCAUGUGGCUUUCAAGGCAUCCUAAGAAAUAUAUUAUUUCCCUCUCAUUUGCGAGAGAACGUUUUCUGUGUUGCAUCAACAUGUCGAAGUGGGGAAAGGCAUGAAUUAUUAGAACUGUGGUUUUGAUAUUAAAACGGGGGUUUUAACCCUUUAACUGCCACGGUCGCUUAAUGGUGACGAGCGCCUCUGCGGUCUUUUGAGUUGAGGACAGGUUAUGAAAAUUAGAAAAAAAUAUUCAGCAGUUAAAGUGUUACCAGUAAUAUAAUGGAACAAAUUACAAGUUUUUGUGAAACAAUUUGUGUUCGUUCCUGAACAAUCCUUGUGGAUUUAUUUAUGGGGGGACAAAUCUUUGGUUCCCUAAUGUGAAAAAAAAUCAAUCCCACUACCAAACGUUGUUCCAUCAUCUAAAAAGUGUGUGAAACAUGAGUUUUGAUGUUUGAUUGUAUUUUGUGCUAAGGUCAGUUUUUCAUUACUUCAAUUUUUUCAAAAUUGAAGAAAAAACAUAGGGAUAUCAGCAAUUUGUAAAAUUGAUUUGGAAAUAAUGCUUUGUUUUUGUGUACUGUAAGCCAUAUUAGCGUAUGUUCAUUCUAAAUAUUUAAAAACACAGAGAAAUUGUAUCGAUGUAGCUAAAUUAUUUCUUUCAAAAAGGUGUCUUGGGCCAGAUUGUUCAAAAUAAGUUUUUCACCAAUGCUGGCAUUAUCUUUGCAUUUUAAAGUCUAAUUGUGACCCACCACGACAAAUUGAGUCGCAUGUCGCACAGAAGAUGAGCCUAAAAUGACACCAGGACAUAAUAGAAGAAAUUGAUGUACACAGAUGUCACAGAAGGCAGACAACAGUGAAAUGAACAACCAGUCCGUCUCAGCCUGUCAAGCUCGGAGCGACAUGCGACUUGUUUUGUCAUGGUGGGUCACAAUUAAUGGACUUAACUGAAGGAGUUAAUGCCAGCCUUAGUGACAAAAGUUAUUUUGAACAGCCAGACCCUGAUCAUAUGUAGAGUUAUGCAGUUCAAAGGCAAUGAUCCAGUUCAUGUAGAGUUAUGCUGUUCAAAGGCAGCCGUGGAUCCAGGGGGGUGUAAAUUCAUAGAAAUAUUUGUGUGAGUGUGAUAGACUAUUGUACACUGGCUGCUUUUGGGAGGAAGUCUUCAGUAAAAGUGUUUACAGUCAUUUUGAUGCUCAAACACCAAGUGAAUAAGAAAUGAAAUGAAGUUCUUUAUACUGUACAACAGUCUCAAGUGCUUUUCAUUCAUUCUCCAGACUGAUAUCAAACCACCUUUCUGCAGAAGCCAAGGUGUGCACAUACUUCACAGCACUUGGCCAGUUGAGAGUACAGGUUGGCAGUGGUCGAGCCUCUGACCGGUGGCAGUGAUUACAAGUCUGAUGUUUUUCCAGUCCAGCUGUGCUGUCAUGCUACGUUCUAAAAUGUCCUCUAUUGUGCACACAUAGGCCAGUGCUCUCCACAACGCCAUUCGUCAGGACGGCCCACCCUAUCUUGGAAGCAGCCAACCUAUCUUGUUCUAGAUUUUUUAGAUGGUUUCUAUAGGGCCAGCCGACCUUAAAUAGCUGGCCACCCUAGCUUAUGUUGCCCACUGGCAAAACUUUUUGAAUAUCAAGUGUACCACCCUGUGGAGAGCCCUUUUGGUGCACGCAUUGAAUUUUUCACGGCAAGGACUUUGUCACAAUCAUGGUAAUGACUUUGCUCCAAUAGAACAACAACAUUCCAAUAAUGUAGGGAAGUUUUUUAAAAACUAAGGGAUAGACUGCAGUACCGGUACUCAUGGAAACAUUUUGUCAACAUUUGUAUUUGAUUGGGACGGUUUACUAAGAAUUUCGUUCUCUCCCUGUGAAGUUCAAGUACUCUACCUUUCAUAUGGCUGGGGUGAUCACUUUGUCCCUGCUGGUGAUUCAGCUGACAGACUAUAGGCAUUGUAAGAAGUCCACUCACUGCUGUUUUACCGGAACACAAUGGAAAGGAACUGUGGUGGUGUGGUGGCUCUGGUGGUCUCUGACUCGCGGUCAUGCGCUCCCUGGUUCAAUCCCCACUGACAGUGUGAGACUCGAGGCAGGUCUCUUUACAUGCCUUGCUCCACCCAGGUGUAUAAAUGGCCAACAGUCGGAAAAGCUCAGGUUGUAGCUGAGUUCUACUGUAAGGUUUCAGGAUAGAGUGGGCAAUAAAUGUAAAGUACUUUAAAGGUUUACACUAUCGUUAAAAACUUGAAAUUUGUAAACGACUUUGAAAAUUUCCAAUUGCGUAAAUACGUUCUAAAUAUGAAUUUUCUGCAUUGCUGUCGUACAGACAAAUAUAGAAAUACAUGAAUACCAGGUUUCGGCAAAUUUGUAUGCAUAAUAACUGCACUACAGCAUUGUGUAUAACUGCCACCUGGACCACCAGUACUUACAAACAGCGUACGCCUUUAAGAUUGUACGUUAUAAAAUGCUGUAUAAAAUAAGACCUUGCAUUUAUUUUUUGACUGGUCCAUGUGAAUAAGCAUUGACCUGGACCACUGUCUCGCUGAAUUAAGCAGAACACUCACUCACAAUUGGAUUUUUGCCAGAGGUAUGGAGUCCACUACAGGCCACUUCCACCUCAUCCUGACAAUAUCGGGCCAUUUCACUCGAUACAUACUUACUCCCUCGGAAACAUGCGUAAGGAGAAGUUGUGUUGUAGGCCCUGUUUGCAAGAGGACGCUUCCACUUAUGUGGGAUCUUUUGCUUGCCCUGGCAUAGACACUCAGGUACAAUGGACCACGGCUUUUAGUCUCAUCCGACAGACCCGCGAGUAUUUCAUACAUUGUACGUGUUGUGAAGAGCCAGGAAUUUUAGUUCCUUGAAAGCCACGCCAGUUCGUCCAGAAAUACAAUCCUGGGUUCUCCUCGGGAUCAAACCCUGGCCAAAUUGUGUGGUAGCCUGCAGUGUUAACCACUAGCCUAGGCUAUGAGGCUCCAGUCUUCGGCAGCUGACCGGCAGCUGAUCACUACGCCCAUCCCUCGCAUCAGUGAAGCAGAACAAAGAGAACCUCUUACAUUGUGUAUACUGUCACAUGAAUCACUGCACUGGGUACAUGUGCAUUCCUUUUGCACGCCAGCCUUGUGUCAAUAUUCCUGGCUGUUGUCUUGUGUAAAAUUUUUAAUGAAUUGACAACAGUUGGC